GAAAGAAGGAAGAACUUGAGCCUAGCGCUCCGGGGAUUUCGCUCGCUGUGGGUGAAAAUUUCCGUUUUCUAGGCGUGUGGCAGUGGAAAGCGGAUAGCAGGACACCUCGGCGAACCGGUGAAACGGCUAGGCUGUGGUGCGGUUUGUGCUUGUGUGAUGUGCGCUACGAGUGGCCGCUAGUCUAGUGAUAAAAGAAUAACCCGCUCGUUCGUGCUACUGGUCAUCUUGUUUCCGGGAAAUGAUGGAGGAACAACCGAGGAGUCCCGGGCAUGCUUGCACGACCGAACGGUCGCAGAUCUCCGAGGAUCAUCAUCCAACAACACACCAAAGUACAGCCAACGAGAACGGUGGAGACGCGGGUUUGGGGGGCGCAACGUGUGAUAGACGAGACGAGGGGAUACCUGAGCGAUGCUGCUUGAUGUGUUUGCUUCCGUGCGACGAGCUGGGCUCGAUUGGGUCAGAAUCGCCAGAAGAGCUUGCCCGGAUAGUGGACAACAUUUUCAAGAUUGCCAAAAUCGAGGUGAAACCACAGAACGGUAAGAUCGAGCCGCUAUGUGGUGGUUGCCGGGCAAAGCUGGGCUACGAUUACGACGAGGACGCCUACUACGAUAUGCUCUGCCGGAUGUACAGUAGCGAUAUGCAGAACAAAAUGAUCACGAUCGCAAUGAACAACGGUCACAUAGCGUUACCGGUGGAUCGUCCCGAAUCACCGACCGGGCUGACCGGGCCGUACAUUGACGCAGCCUGUGGUACUUUCGUCGUGACCGAGCUGGGCGUAGAGGCACUCAAUGCAGGAAAGGAUGAGCUGGUGUGUGCGAUUUGCUCGAAGGCGUUCAAUUUCAAAUCCACACUUCGGCUUCACAUUCGUAGUCAUCAUCAGAGCGCACCGCGAGAGCUGGUGGAAACUGUACGGCCGGUGCGCAAACCCCGGGUCUACGAGUGUGUCGAGUGUCAGCUGAGCUUCAAGCUAAAGUACGAUUACGACAAGCACGUGGGCACCCAUAAGAAGUCGAACAUGUUCCAGUGUGACGUUUGCUUCAAGCUGUUUAAACACAAAUCGUACUACUCCAUGCAUCGAAACAUGAAACGCUGUAAGCUCGGUUCGGUUCCCCUAGAUCUGACCGGAGUGGCUGCCAUGGGCGAUCUGGGCAUGCAAGCACAACCCCAACCAGAGGUCCGCCCUAACGGACGGCGAAAUGGCAAAACGAAGGGGGGACGACAUGCGACGUUAGCGGUCGCGGAUCCGCUCGAUUCCGUAUCAGCGUUACUGCAAUGUGCCGGACCGGAAUUUACCAGCCUCUCCGAUUGCCAGCUAGAGCAUGGUAGCUAAGGGGCAUCGGACUAGGCGUUCCUAACUGGUGAACCCGAAGGGACUGAGGAGGAGAGACAGAACAUUAUUGAAACAUUCAAUUUUCAGAUGGCGAAGCAUUACGGUUCCUAAGCGCGAAACAGAUUGAUCCAAAGAGAAGAUGGGCAUUGAAUUGGAAUUUAUUUUAUUUACUACACUAGUCAAAGCGUCGAUCGCUGGAAGAUGCAAUUCUACGAUGCUCCGGCAACUGCUCAAUCACCACCGGUGUGGUUUAUUUGCACAUACAACAUUGACAGCCAUAUAGAAUAGAAAUUAUGAAUUUGUUUUAUAUUUUUUUACAUUUCGACUCUCCCGUACGUUUCAAUAAGUUUUCGUUAUUUAUUCAAACAUUUUUUUGUUAGAUGUUCCUUUGAAACUUUCGCCGAGACAAAAAUGCUGCAAUACCAAACAAACUUAAACUUAGUUAUACCAAUAGUGCGAAUGAUACUGGAUGUCAGUCGAUGCCAUUAGGUUACUCCCUAGUAGUAAUAUUACGUUAAGGUAUCAAAGAUGCGCGAACCAGGGCAACUUAAUGAUACACCUUUGAACCCACCGAUGGAUUUAUGUUUCUUAUUUCGCCUUUUAUUUUGCUAACCAAUCUUUAGUGCAGUCCAUUUGUAGAUGUGUGAUUUAUGUUUUAGGUACCGUUCCCUGAUAACCUACCGUUUGCCAUGUAUGGUGUAUUAUGUGUGCUAGUCGCUAAGUGUGUAACAGACUCCAUAUACCAAUCAACAACAUUCAAUCCUUCGAUCAGUUAAUCAGUCCGUUAAUGGGCAAGUUUAAGGUUUUUUUUUUAUUUAAAUCAAUCCAAUUACUAAUCAUUGGUCCGUUCGGCAUUGUUCGCGUGUUCCCUUACUGUGGCGCACGAUAUGGCUUCGCCGUUCUAGGUGUAUUUUGCGACGACCAAGGCAUUCGGCGCACAAAAGUCAUCCUACAGGAGAAACGAGUUCAUGUAUCCGUGUCUCAAUCAGCUAGUGUUUAUCGUUAGUUUGUAAGUCCGAAUGUGCGAUCCUUGCACCCGGGGUUUAUGUCCAGGGGGGGGACCUGCAACCGUAUAUAAUGCUCGCACGAAGCAUUAUAUUCUACUCUACCAACUUCGUCUUUUAAUCGUAGUGAAACGUAAAGUUUGCUAACUUUGUCGCAAAAAGCAACAAAAAAAAACGUGGGGACAAAAAUCAUUUUGGCAAGAAAUAAAGUGGCGAUGAAGGCGAUCUUCGUAUUAUAUUACCAUUAAAAAGGCUGAG